CGACUAUCUCUCUUCGAGUGCGGACGUCUGUGUCUUUCCAAUUGCAAGUGCUUUGCUUAUCGCGAAAUUACCAUGGCCCCCGGGCCACCCAAUAUAGGGGAUAAUCGCUUUGCCAGCCUCAGCGUUAGCCCCAAAGCUAAGAAAAAAAGACCAGUUCAGAAAUUACCAGUUGACUUCCCAGACCUCCCUGAAACACAGUGCAAGAAUCCGAGAUUCUUAAUAGUCUCAUCAAUAAACUCUUCGAGAACCAUAUCCGAGUAAAACUGCUUUGCCGUCCAUAGAGCCCUUAAGUAUAUUAGCAAAGACAUUAUAUCUAUCUCUAAUCUUCGCGAUGGUAGCCUUCUCCUGCUGGUCAACUCCAGGGAAAUUAGUGACAAAUUCACCAAAGUGACCUCUUUGAGUGCAAACUCCACAACACUCUUAACUUUGUCAAAGGCACCAUUUAUGCACCCUGUCUUAUUAACAUUCCAGAAAACGAAAUUGUUGAGGAACUAAAAUCUCAAAAUGUACACAGCGUCUUUAAGUUCACCAAAAUGAUCGACGGCACUCCCAAACCAUUUGGAAAAAUCCUUGUAACGUUUGACCGUUUUACUCUUCCCAGUAGACUAACCGUUUCCUGGCACACAGUUAAGGUUUCAGAAUAUAUACCCAACCCGAUGAGAUGUAAGUCUUGUCAAUUAUUGGACCACACUUCAAAGCACUGCAAGAACUCAGCCGCCUGUGUAUCAUGCAAUCUCACCCCCCACCUUCCCGUGCGCUGCACUCGCAUUUUCUGUGCAAACUGCGCCGGCGAACACCCAGCUUCCUCACCCGAAUGUCCACAAUAUCAAACACAAAAACAACUUCUUCACAUCAAAACAAGCAAAAAAUGCAGUUUCCGUGAAGCUCGUACGAUCCUAAAUCAACAGCAAAACACAACAACUAACUCCAAGCCUACCUACUUGACCGUCGCAAGCCAGAACCCAGCACCCGCUGUUCUUAUCACAAAAAUCCGAAACCCAGACACGAUUACAAACACCGACUUGCCCACCAGCUCGGCAAAAGUACCAACUCCUCUCUCACCAACAUAUCCCACUUCUCGUGCCAACUCUUUGAAUCUCGAAGAGAAUCUUACUUCCUCACCAAGCAACUCUGCCAAAACUGAUUUCUCUUACUGUAGCCCAACUAGUAAACUGAAAAUAUGUAUGGAACGAUCUCGCUCCCUUAGGUCGGAAGCAAAUGCUCUAAUCGGACAAACCUACAACGACGACAACAAUAUAUCAAUGACCUCAAGAUCCAACUCAAACGAAUCAAUUCCUUCACAACACAACAGACUCAGACGACACUAUGGAUGAUCCCGACUCUUAGUCUCGAUCCUCUCACCCUUACUAUCAUAUACACAUACUCAUACACACCACAAAUAAACAACAAUAUAAUCCAAUAAAAUUUAAUCAUGACAAUUACUAUAUUACAAUGGAACAUCCACGGUAUUUUCAAUAAUUACAACGAACUAACUUAUAAAAGACCACGCUCCCGACAUUGUAUUUUUGCAGGAAACCAACCUUCCAUGUAAUUUUACAAAUUUUAUUUUCCCCAAAGAAUAUACUGGUUAUUUUCAAAAUUUUUCUUAUAACACCUCAGCCAAACAAGGCAUAGGUGUUCUUAUUAAAAAGAACGUCCCACAUACAUACCGUAACAUUAACUCCAGCGUACUCUGCUCCGCAUUGCAGCUUAAUUUUGAACAAGUUAUUACUAUUGUUAAUGCGUACAUCCCGCCAAGUCAAACCUUUUCAUCCUUUGAGUUAUCAGAAAUUCUACAAAAUCUGAAUGGAUCCACCUGAAUGGAUCCCUGAAUGGGUCACCAAGGAACCUAAACUCAUGGAGUCCUCUAUGGGGCUCGCCGCGCACAAACUCAAGAGGUAAAAAAAUCGAAAGCGUAAUUCUAGAAAACAGCCUAAUUGUCCUUAACGACGGGUCCCCGACUCACCUUUCAACUCACAACACUUUCACCCACAUCGAUAUCUCACUAAUAUCUCCACAGAUAGCCCAUAGGUGCAGCUGGUCUAUAUCAGAUAACCUCCAUGGAAGUGACCACUUUCCCAUAACCAUCCACAUAAACACACCUACCCGCCCCGAUAAUACUCUACCCCUGCCUAAAUACAAGACAGACCUAGCAAACUGGGAACGCUUUAAUAAAAACUGCAGCAUUCCCCAAACGAAAAGGGUGAUCCACAAAGCCAAAGUGCCAUGGUGGAACGCUAAGCUUCAACAGCUUCGCCACCAAAAGCAAUGCUUGUUCUCGUCCUACAAAGCCAAUAUGAAUGAUAUAAACCUCAUCAGAUACAAAAAAGCAAACGCCCUUUUUAAAAAAGCCGUACUUUCGGCCAAGCGUACCUCCCUUGAAAAAUUUACUUCCAAAAUCUCCCCAGUAUCCUCCACAAAAAAGUCCGAUAUAAAACGCCUAGCCGGCAUCCCUCCCACACCGUUCAAAUAUAUAAAAUCCAACUCAGGUACUCUAACUGGAUCAUUUAACAUCGCCGAAGAGUUUGCCUUAUCUUGGUCUGAAUACUCUUCUGACCAAAGUUUUUCAACUGAGUAUAUACGAGAGAAAAAUCGGUAUCUUUCAGAGCCCUAUCUUAUCGGUUCACUUUCCCCGUCGGCCACAUGCUUAGAUUCCAAUUUCACAUUGCUUGAAAUAGAAAAUUCAGUAGCAAAAGCAAAAGGAAAAAGGCCUGGGGCCGACAGAAUAUCAUACCCUAUGCUCAAAAACCUAUCUUCCCACCUAAAAACAAAACUUCUGGAUAUAUUAAAUGAAAUGCUAAACACUGGAAAAUACCCACAUACAUGGAGAUCAGCUACCAUUAUCCCUAUCCCAAAACCAAACAAAUCUCCUUCCGAUAUUAACAGCUACCGUCCAAUUUCCCUGUUAUCCUGUCUAGGUAAAACCCUAGAGAAAAUAAUAGCACAAAGACUUAUCUGGUUCAUUAAACGCCACAGCCUUAUUUUCCAUAAUCAAGUUGCUUUCAAAAGAAAUCAUAGCACGAUGGACGCGUUAUUUCGUAUCCAACACUUCGCGUCGAACGCUCUUUCGACCAAAAAAUCACGUCUCUAUCUUGGCGACGGAUUUUGAAAGAGCCUUCGAUCGCGUGGGGAUUCAUGCCCACUCUACUUCGUAGUCUACUUUGUAGGAGGUCCAAGGCUUUUUAACCUAAUUAAAGCCUUCAUGACCAAUCGGUCCUUCAGGUUUCGAAUAAACAAUGUCACAUCGAGUUUCCACAUUUUACACAAUGGAAUCCCGCAAGGUUCGCCACUCUCUGUGGUUUUAUUUAUGAUAGCAAUUGAGGAAAUAAAUAACAUUGUAACACGGCACAAAGAUAUUUACAUCUCACUAUACGCAGACGACGCCAUCAUCUUUACAAAAAUAAAAAAAUAUUAAUGCAGUCAGAACAAAAUUUUUAGAAAUAUUGCAAGAAAUUAACUUGUGGGGAGCAACCUCUGGAGCCUCUCUUGCCAUUGAAAAAUGCCAAACAUUACAUAUUUGUCGGAAACAACGUUGUAACCUUUCUGACAUUAACUUUAAUAGCCGCACAAUAUAAUGUAAACUUUUUAAAAAUCUUGGGGAUAACCUUCGACUCCAAACUACUUUUCCAACAGCACUGUCAGAUUUUAAGAAAGCAAUUGGAAACUAGAUUUAACAUUAUUAAAUUUUUAUCAUAUAAAUAUUCUUUCAUACACAUUAAAACUCUCAUAGAUAUUACGCGCUCAUUAAUGUUAUCUAAAAUUGACUACGGUCUGCCAAUCUUCGGUUGGUGUGCUAAAUCGCACUUAAAAAAGCUACAAGCCCCAUAUCACGGAGCGGUCCGUCGCGCCAUUCACGCAUUUCCCACAUCGCCAGUAGCGUGCACAUUGGCAGAAUCCGGUCUUCCGAGUAUCCAAUCACGCGUAGAAGAAACUACAUUGAUGCUUAUCCCGAAGCUGUACACCACGUCCAACUGCCUGCUAACCAAAGACUUCGGAGCCAUUUUCAAACAAAAGAGGAAUUUGAAGUGUAUAUCCACUCUAAGACGUUGCGCCAACUACAUCAAGGAACUUGACUUCCCCUUGCCUAAGCCCAGGAGGUCCUUCAUAUCGCCAGCACAUUGGGGUUCAAAACAGCCUAACAUAAACCUUCAAAUCUACAAUGCUGCUAAAAAGGAUACAUGCCGCUUAGAAUACCAACAACGUUUUUGGAGUGCUCAACAAGAUCUUGGUGAGAAAAACUGGAUUUACACCGAUGGCUCAGUUACCGACUCAACCACCUUUGCGGUUGUCGACUGCAACCGUAAAAUAAUUGCAGGAGGUAGGCUCCCGUCAUACAACUCCAUAUUCACAGCCGAAGCCUUCGCCAUCCUCAAAGCAUGCCAAUUCGCCUCCGAAAACGCUGGUAAAUCUGUUAUCUGCACAGACAGCCUCUCCUCUCUUUCCGCUAUACGCAACAGGAAUCACAAUGACCUCACAAUACAAGAAGUCAGGCACAUUCUAAGUUCUCAUCCAACAAAAAUCACCUUACUCUGGGUUCCCAGUCAUCAAGAAAUCCAUGGAAAUGAACUCGCUGACAAAGCCGCCCAAGAGAUGAGACUUACACCGUCAAUUUUCUUCACCCCGUUCAACUGCAAGGCUAUCCAAAGUCGAAUACAGCUAUACCUCAAAGAAAAAAAACUCUCCGAAUGGGCGCUCUUCAUGCACAGGUACCAGGUUAUUACCCCAAAUUGCAUCAUGUUUAAGCCACCACCGAACGUACAUACAAUCCACACAUCAACACAUACUGACGAGAACGGCGCAACCAACAUGCCAACUUUGCGUGGACGAUCUCACCGUUGACCAUAUUCUCGACGCCUGCAGUCGAUUGCACUCAAUUAGAUCUGUAUUAUUUGGUACACAUAGUCUUUCAAAUUGUUUAAGUAACCCCUCUUGUGAAAAUAUCUCAAAAAUUAACAAAUUUGUCCAAAAAGCUCAGUUUAUUAUAUAAAGAAAUAAACCAUAAUUUUCGAGUCGAAGCCCCCCGUAGCUAGUACUUAUUAAAUUUAUUAGGUUUAGUAUUGUAUACUAGAUUUAAUUUUGUUA